AUGAUAUCUACCAAGUGGCUGCCGCAAUCCUCCGACUUUGACGGCCCCGAACUCGCCCUGCAUGCCUGCAUCUGCAACGACCAGCACGCCCGCCUCCGCGCCCUCCUCGCCGCUCCCUGCAGCCCGCACGCCGUCAACCGCCUCCACGACAAAUGGGGCGCGCCGCUGCACGUCGCCGUGCGCCUCGACAGCCUCGCCGCCGCGGAGCUGCUCCUCGCUGCCGGCGCCGACCCCGUGACGCCGCGCGACUACCCCGGUGCCGGCUUCGACCCGCCCGCCCCGCUGAUGCUGGCCAUCGGCCUCGGCCGCGCCGCCCUCGCGCGCUGCCUUUGGAGCCGCGCGCCUCCGGACGCGCAUGCCAACGGCGGUACGCGCCCGUACUGGUCGUGCGUCGCCCACGCGGCGCGCUGCGGGCAGGUAGACAUCCUGGAGUGGCUGCUGGGGGAGCCGCACCGGUGGUCUCCGGCGGCCUUGGGGUGCGCCCUGCAGGCCGCGGCCCGCCGGCUCGACUUCUUCUGCGUUGAGAUGCUGCUCUCCCACCGCGGCGGGCUCGCCCAGAGCGCGCUGGAUGAGGCGCUGCGCGCGGCCGCGGUCGACACCGAGUACGAGGCCAGGGAGGCGGCGUCGCGGGAGCUCUGCGCUGCGCCCGAGGGCCUGGCCCAGGCACGCGUCCUCCGGGCGCUGCUCCGCGAGGGCGCGGAUUCCAACUGCCGCUGCGGCGAUGACGACGAGCCGCUGGUCGUCGCGGCCGCGCGGUACACGGAGCGGGCGACGGCCUUGCAGGCGCUCCUCGAGGGCGGCGCGGAUCCCGACGCGGCGCGAAGGAGCGACGGCGACACGGCGCUGCACGUGCUGGCCGCGCCGGUGCCCGCUAAAAGAACCCGGCUGGGCGCGCGGAGGCACUACGAAGAGGGCGUCCGCAUGCUGUUGGCGCACGGCGCCUCCGCGUACACCAAGGCCGGCGGCGCGCGGGGGGAGCUGCCCCUGCACCGGGCGGCGCACAGCGGCACCAUGCGUGUCUUCCGGCUGUACCUCGCCGCGCUCACGCCUGUGGACUGGGCUGCUGCGAGGCUCCUGCGGCUCGUCGACGCGCGGGGCGCCUCCGCGUUGCACUGGGCCGCCGCGGGCGGUAGGUGCGACGUGCUAGAGCAUCUGCUGUCCCUCGAUGGCAGUGCCGCGCACGUCAACACCGUCGCAGACCACGGCUGGACGCCCCUCCUAUGCGCCCUCGUUCCCCACGAGUCACCCACCGCGUCCAAAGGCGUGCGUGAGGCCGUCGCCGCGGCGCGGCUGUUCCUCGCCCACGGCGCCGACCCCACCUCCACCACCGCGCAGGGCUGGACGCCGCUGCACUGCCUCGCCCUGCACCGGGAUCCGGACCCCCGCGGGGAGGCGUACGCGCUGGCGCAGGACCUCAUCGCCGGCGGCGCCGUCAUGGAGAGGCGCGCGGCGCCGCCGAGUCGACGACAGCGUGCCUGGUGGGGACGGCGCUGCUACGAUGAUGAUGGGGGUGAUGCGCGGCGGACGGGGGGCAUGACGGCGCUGCUGUGGGCGGCGGAUCGCGGCGCGGAGGGCGUGCGCGCGGCGAUGGAGGAGGCCGGCGCGGACACGGCGGUUGAGGAUGACGACGGACGCGACGCGGCGCGGGUGGCGCGCGAGUCGUGCCACCUCAGAGAGGAAGACGAUGAUUGGCUUUGCUUUCAGGGACUGGUCGGACGGCAGAGUCGAGGAUAA